UCCUCCUUUCUUUCCUCCCUCCCUUCUCUCUUUCGCUUGGCCUUCGCUUUGGGCGCCAGGGCUUCUUGCUCCGGACUAUCAGUCGCGCGUCUCCCGCAUCCAGGUCGGAGGGCGGGAAACAGGGGCCCUUGGCCUCCCUUCCCCUUCCCUCCUCCGGCCUCAGGCUCGGGCUCUCCUUCAUCCUGCGCCUCCCGGGAGCCCCUUCGCCCAGCGGCUCAAAGCCUCGGAGACCCUGCCCCCGGCUGCCAGGAAGCCAAAGCCCAAGGCGCCUGGGCAAACGCCGGGGCGCCCAAAGUUUGGCAACAAGAGUCGUCUGGAAGAAGCCCGGCCCAAAGGCCCCCGGGAGGAGGAGCGGGAGGGCAGCCGGACUGGCCCUGGGUCCCCUCCGCAGCGCCGGGAUGCGCCUCCUCCGCCUCCUCCUGCUCCUCUGCCAGCUGGGCUUCCUGUCAAAUGGGGUCGCCUCAGGCCUGCAACCUCUAGGAGACACUGAGGAGUGGGAGAUUGUUUACCCAGCAUUAUGGAGGAGGGACCAGCAGGAACCCGCUGGAGGCAGUGGUGAAGGAGGCAGCUGCAGCACUGAUGGAAACUGUGGAAACAUUAGCAGCAAUAUUAGUGCUACCUCUGCAUCCACUCAGGUGGUGGGCAGCUCUCGUGAGGUCCGCUCAGUUUCUUCCUCAUCUGAUAGGCAGCUGCAGCCAGUUGGGGAGACCUCAGAAGAUGAGGUUUCCGAGGAUGAAUAUGAAUCUCAGGAGUUCUAUCACUGGUCUCCUCUUCCUCAGGGAUCUAAUGCUACUUCUCAGCUACCACCUUCCCCAUCUCUAUCUUCUUCUCCAGAGGAUGUGGAUGAAGUGCUGCUGAGGAUACCAGCUUUUGCUCAGGAGCUCUAUCUGCUGCUCAAGAGGGACAGUCGCUUCCUGGCACCAGGCUUUGCUGUGGAAGAAAGACUAAAGAGUGAGAGGAGGAGUCUUCCAUACUCUUCCAAGACCCACACAGAGAGAUCGUGUUACUACAGUGGGUCUGUGCUACAUUACCCUGGCUCCUUCGCUUCCUUCAGCACUUGUGGUGGUUUGAUGGGUUUUUUGCAGAUGAAUGACGACUUCAUAUUUAUUGAACCACUCAAUCACACAUUGGCUGUGACAGGUCAUGCACAUCGGGUAUACAGACGUAAAAGGUCCAUACAUGAGAGAGCCACUGAAAAGCCCACUUCUCAUAGUCAGUACUGUGGUGUUCUUACUGAGAAAAGAAGAGCCAAAGGUCAAAGGGGACCAGAGAGUGGACGAGGAAAGAGAUAUUCCUAUAAAUUACCUCAAGAAUAUAAUGUGGAGACUGUAGUCGUUGCAGAUCCAGCUAUGGUUUCAUAUCAUGGAGCAGAUGCAGCAAGAAGAUUUAUUCUAACAAUUCUAAACAUGGUGUUUAACCUUUUCCAACACAAGAGCCUUGGAGUUCAAGUGAACCUUCGAGUGACUAAGCUUGUUCUGCUUCAUGAGACUCCAACAGAUAUGUAUAUUGGACAUCAUGGUGAAAAAAUGCUGGAGAGUUUUUGCAAAUGGCAACAUGAAGAAUUUGGUAAGAAAAAUGACAUCCAUUUAGAGAUGUCAACAAGCUGGGGUGAAGAUGUGUCACCAGUCGAUGCAGCCAUAUUAAUCACCAGGAAGGAUUUCUGUGUGCAUAAAGAUGAACCAUGUGAUACUGUUGGUAUAGCUUAUCUGAAUGGGAUGUGCAGUGACAAACGAAAAUGUAUUAUUGCAGAGGACAAUGGCCUGAAUCUUGCAUUUACUAUUGCUCAUGAAAUGGGACACAACAUGGGAAUAAAUCAUGACAAUGACCACCCAUCUUGUGCAGAUGGUCUCCAUAUCAUGUCUGGAGAAUGGAUCAAAGGGCAGAAUCUUGGAGAUGUUUCAUGGUCCCGGUGCAGCAGGGAAGAUCUGGAAAGAUUUCUCAGGUCAAAGGCCAGUAACUGCUUGCUUCAGACAAAUCCCCAGAGCCUCAAUUCUGUGAUUAUUCCUUCAAAACUGCCAGGGAUGACAUACACUGCAGAUGAGCAGUGUCAGAUCCUCUUCGGACCAACAGCUUCAUUUUGCCAAGAAAUGCAGCAUGUUAUUUGCACUGGCCUGUGGUGUAAGGUGGAAGGGGAGAAGGAAUGUAAAACUAAGCUGGAUCCACCAAUGGAUGGAACGGAUUGUGACACUGGAAAGUGGUGUAAGGCUGGAGAAUGUACCAGUAAGACGUCUUUCCCUGGACACAUGGAGGCAGAGUGGAGCACAUGGAGUACUUGUAGCAGAACCUGCAACACUGGAAUCAGCAGUCGACAACGUAGAUGCUCUGGUCCAGUUCAUGAUGGGGGAGAAUGCCAUGGUUCUAGAAUACAAUAUAAAAUAUGUGAGAAUCCCUCUUGUCCUCCUGGAGUACCUGCAUUCAGGGACUGGCAGUGUCAGGUCUUCAGUGUGAGGCCAUCCUAUCAGAAACAUGUGCAGCACUGGCAGGCUGUGAUAGAUGAAGAAAAACCUUGUGCAUUGUUUUGCUCUCCAAAUGGAAAAGAUCAGCCAAUACUAGUAACAGAGAAAGUUAUGGAUGGAACUUCAUGUGGCCAUCAGGAACUGGAUAUAUGUGCAAAUGGGAGAUGUCAGAAGUUUGGAUGUGAUGGCAUAUUGGGGUCUUUGGCAUGGGAAGAUCACUGCGGUGUCUGCAAUGGAGAUGGGAAAUCAUGUAGAGUUGUUAAAGGAGAUUUUAAUCAUACACGAGGAGCAGGUUAUGUAGAAGCUUUGGUGAUACCUGCAGGAGCAAGAAGAAUCAAAGUUGUGGAAGAAAAGCCAGCUCACAGCUACUUAGCUCUUCGAGAUGCCAGCAAACAGUCUAUUAAUAGUGACUGGAAGAUAGAACAUUCUGGAACAUUCAACAUUGCUGGUACCACUGUCCAUUAUGUGAGGAGAGGUCUGUGGGAGAAAAUUUCUGCUAAAGGUCCAACCACAUCACCUUUACAUUUACUGGUCCUCCUUUUUCAAGAUCAAAAUUAUGGGCUACACUAUGAAUACACUAUUCCCUUGGACCCCAUCCCUGAGAAUCAGAGCUCAAAAGUAUCUGAACCACUUUUUAUGUGGACACACUCAGGUUGGGAAGACUGUGAUGCUGUAUGUGGAGGAGGAGAAAGAAAGACAACAGUGUCUUGCACAAAGAUUAUGAAUAAGAAUAUCAGUUUUGUGGACAACAAGAAAUGCAAAUAUUUAACAAAACCUGAACCACAAAUUCGAAAGUGCAAUGAACAGCCAUGCCAGACAAGAUGGAUGAUGACAGAAUGGACACCAUGUUCAAGGACAUGCGGGAAGGGAACCCAGAAUAGACAAGUAGCUUGCACUCAGCAACUAAGAAAUGGAACCUUGAUCAGAGCCCGGGAGAGAGACUGUGUUGUCCCCAAACCCACGUCAGCACAGCGCUGUGAAGGCCAGGACUGCAUGACAGUGUGGGAGGCUGGAGUGUGGUCAGAGUGUUCUGUAAAAUGUGGAAAAGGUGUACGACACCGGACUGUGAGGUGUACCAAUCCUCGGAAGAAAUGUGUUUUGUCUACAAGGCCCAGAGAAGCAGAAGACUGUGAAGACUAUUCUAAAUGCUAUGUUUGGAGAAUGGGCGACUGGUCUAAGUGUUCUAUCACCUGUGGCAAAGGUAUGCAGUCACGAGUAAUCCAGUGCAUGCACAAGAUCACAGGAAGGCAUGGUAAUGAAUGUUUCUCCUCUGAAAAGCCUGCAGCCUACAGACCCUGCCACCUGCAACCCUGCAAUGAAAAAAUUAAUGUGAACACUAUUACAUCUCCUAGAUUAGCUGCCUUAACGUUCAAAUGUCUGGGAGACCAGUGGCCUGUAUACUGCCGAGUGAUACGGGAGAAGAACCUCUGUCAGGACAUGAGAUGGUAUCAACGUUGCUGUGAGACAUGCAGGGACUUUUAUGCGCAAAAAAUGCAGCAAAAGAGUUGACGCCUGGCAGGCAUUCUGGUUAGCUGUCAGCUCUUCACAGUCACAUUAUUUAUAAACACACACCCAAGCACGCUUCUUCAGACCAAAUAUUAUCAGAUUACAUAUAAUUUAAUCAAAUUAAUUUAUUUUUGCCUGCCAAGACUUUUUAUUUCAUGUUAUGCUCAGAGUUUCCAUGGUUAAUUUUUAUAUGAAUUAUUUUGGAUACAUUUAACAGAAGUUUUUUUAAAUUACUAUUUUAAAUGUUUAUAUUCAGUACAGUAAAUUCUUUUCCCACUUCCAAGCCCCAAAGAGAAAGAAGUAGCAAGUUCAUGGUUAGUUGUGCUAGAUGGGAUCACUUAAAAUGAAUGUUACUUCAUCUCCCAUAAAUGUUCCCUGCAUUGUUCCUGAUAAGAAGCCAUCAAGCUACCCUGAAUUUAUUUUUUGUUUAGGUGACUAAUUUUUCUGUAUCCAAAAAUAAAAUUCACUUUAUUUUAUUGUGAUUUUUUGGUGCUCAAAGUCAUAUAUUUGGUGCUCAAAGUCAGACUUCAGAUAUCUUUACAACAAGUUUUGGGGUGAGUUAAGCUAACAACAUUGAACAGGUUAUAUUACAGAAUGUAUUAGGAAAUCAAUUCUUAUUUUACUAAGGACUUUAUUGGACAUUCCAAACUUACCCCUGAGAUGUAUUUGCAUGAUAAAUAUAAAAUUUGACAUAGAACAUAUCUGGAUGUUGCCACAGCUUCCCAGUAUCAGUUUUCAUAACCACAGCAGCACAUUUUUCACUCAAUGAGUUUCAUCUUAGGAAACUGUUUGCUGCCCCCCAAAGUGGUUAUUAUCACUGCCACAUUGAACAUGUUUUACAGGUUUUUGGACAAAUGUACAAAGGUGGCUAUUAGUCACCAUACAUAUACAAUACUGUAGACUUCAUUCAGUUUUGUAUAUAGCUUCUGGGGAUCUCAGUUCACAAGGAAGUGUUGCAGUCUUGUCUGGCUUGUGAGCUUCCCAUAGGCAACUGGUCAGCUCCUGUGUGAAUCAAAUGAUUUUAUAGACUUUUGAUCUUAUCCAUUGUGGCUUUUCUUAUGUUCUGGGAAGCCGUCUCCAAAGAGAGGCUACAUCAUAUUCUCCAUAUGAAUUCGUCUUGGGGCUGCUGAGACACCUCAUGUUUAUAGGGUUUCUCUGUGCCCUUGGAAACAUACUGUAGGAAAUGAUCUACUGUAACUUAGAAACUUUUAUGAACAAAAAUAGACAAAAUGGCAAAGUAGGGAUUUUAAUCAUGUGCAUGAACAUAUACUUGAACACAAGUAUUGAAUCAAUUAAACACUGUAAAGAUUUACACUGAAUCUCUGUUGCACUGUUUAAUGUAGUGUAGAGAAACACCGUUCUAGAACUUGUAACAUCCUAUGAAAGAACUCAGUACUGUUUUAAUAUGUCAUUUGUGUUUAAGUAUUUUAAGCAAGAGAUACAAGUCUAGCUGUCUGUGCUCAUGUGUAUUCUCUUGGUUUAUCAGAGAGGAGAUUUACCAGAGAGGAGAAACCUAAUGUGUACCAUAAAUUGAACUAAAUUUUCAGGUUUUUUUAAAAUAAAAAAAAAUUUUUUUAGAAAAUAAUUGUGUGUUAAAUUCCUUGGUUUUUUUUAAAAAGAUCUUUAUAAAAAUACAGUUUUACAGGUUUGUGAAACGUGAACAAGACAACAUUUUCCUUAUGAGAAAAUAUUGUACAUGUGUCAUUUGA